AUGCAUUGUAAUCCGUUGCCAUCACGUGCAUUUUUAUUUACCAGUACAUUAUUUGUUUUAUUUGGGUUAUCGACAUGGUUAGAUAUCAAUGGUGUAUGGGUUCAACUUCCGUUAAUUGUCAAUAGUGCUCCAGAGGGCUGGUCAUUACCCUCUUACCUCACAUUAGCAAUCGCCGUGGCUAAUAUUGGACCAUUGAUCUUAAUGGUAUUGAAAUUAAUAUUUAAACAGCGUUUAGAUGAGAGAAUAUUUAUUUAUAUUGAGAUCAUUGUUGGUCUAAUAUCGUGUGCUCUAAUAGCGCAGUAUUGGAAUCGUACAACAAAUAAUCGCUCAUUAGCAUUUAUUAUACUUGUAUUUCUUUUGGGUACACUUGAUUGUACAUCGACUGUCACCUAUUCCGAUUAUAUGAAACGUUAUUCUCAUCAAUUACUCAAUUCUUUAUAUUUGGGUGAGAGUUUAACAUCUUUAUUACCAUCGCUUUUGGCUUUGAUACAAGGUGUGGGUGGUGAAGCCGUGUGUCAUACUGUUAAUGGUACAACAAACUUAUCUUAUCCGGUUUACUCCAGACCACGGUUUUCUGUUCAAACGUAUUUUUGGAUAUUAUUUUCUAUUAUAUUCGUAUCGCUAUUGGCAUUUUUAAUGUUAGAAUAUUCACAAGUAUCAAAACACUUUCGAGCAAUGCAUUCAAAGCAACGAACGUGCGAUGUCAAUAGUACAUACGAAUUAGCGCCAACACAAUUACCUGUUUUAGCACCUACGAAAAUGUCAAACUUUACUUAUUACGUUUUAUCAUCGACAAGCUAUUUCAUGUGUAUCAUCCUCUUUGGUAUAUUACCGGCAAUUGGCACUUAUACAAUGUUACCAUAUGGUCAACGUGCCUAUUAUGUAUCGAGUUUAUUACUACCGCUUGCAAGUCCUUUAUCAGUUGGCUUUAUUCUUUUACGAAGUAUCAUUCGUCUUCCGCUUAUACUCUUCCUCUUGCUAAUCGGAACGUGUUUGUCUAUCUAUGCGUUAAUCGUUGCAUCUCAAAGUCCUUGUCCAGUGUUACAUGAUACUGUAGGUGGUGCCAUUAUUGUGAUAAGUGCCUAUUUUCUCGCACAGUUAAUAUUCAAUUAUUUAAGAUUAGUUAUCGGAAAUCGUGUUCGACAAGAAUAUCAUAAAGAAAGUGGUUUGUUUUGGUUAGGGGCAAUAAGUCAGAUGGGUGAUGAGACAGCUAAUAUUGAAAAUCAACAGCCAGCUGCUAAUAAACAAGUGUUCGAUAGUUCAAAAUCACUCCAAAAUCUUGGUGCUGGAGAUACAGAACUCCUUGUGCAAUUUUUAACACAGGAUGAAGCGGAUGAAGCAAUGAAAAAUCUAUCAGUUGGGGGUGAAGUUGAGUAUCAGCAAUGGUAUCAUAUGCCUAAUCGCAAAAAGGUCUCAGAUCCAUUGCUAAAAUUAAAACGUAUAAAACGUGCUCUCGCUAAUAAAACCGAUGAUGGUCUGAUACCCUAUUAUCGUUUUCCUGUCAAUGAUCAAAAUCGAUAUGGUAUUUUAGUACCAAUGACGCCAACAAUUGAGAAAAUUCGACAAAAAAUUAUUGAAAAAACCGGCGUUGAAGUAAACCAUUGUGUUAUACUGUUAUAUCGUAACACGGAUGAUUGUAUUGGUUUUCAUAAAGACAAAACGUUAGAUCUGGAUGAAGAUGCGCCUAUUAUUAGUUUGUCAUUAGGCUGUGAAAGACCCUAUAUACUUCGUGAUGAUAUUUUUAAACCAACAAUAGAACAGGAAUUUAAAUUGCCACAUGGCGCUCUGCUUAGGCUUGGACCAAAAACAAAUGCAACCUAUUAUCAUUCAAUUCGACAAUUGACAAAAAGUGAAGAAUUAUCAACUGAUAAUGAUUUAACCUCACCACGAAUCAGUUUAACAUUUCGAAAAGUCUUAACAUUUAAAGAUGAAAAUGAUCAAGUGUAUGGGAAAGGUGCACAGUACCAAACAUUAAAUUGGCCAGAAGCAUUAAAUGGCAAACAUAGAUAUGAUAAAGAACUCGAACUUUCAUUAUUAGAAGUAAUUGACAAUUGA